AUGCCCCGACCAACUUCCGCCUCACUCCACCCGCCUCCGAUCACCACCUCGGCCUCCUCCCCUAACCUCACAUCCCACCUGAAUAGCGAUGAGAACCGACGAACGCGAAACUCCUUCGGCGGCGGUAACGGCGGGAUCGGUGGUAUCGGAGCGGGAGGGAAUGGCAGUGUUGGUGGAACUGGUGGUGGUGGCGGAAACAGCGCCCUGACGGAUUCCGAUGAUGACGAUACAAUGUCUUCCAGCAGUUCUUCGAUGCCCCUACCGUUGAGUGGAGGGGGGUUCAAUGGGAUGGGAGGGAUUGGAGGUGGGAUGUUACACCCAAGCUCGUUUGCUCCGCCGUUUUACAAUCGGCCGCCGACUCCAUUACCACCAUCGCCUUCGCUAACUUCACUUUUACGCCCGCCAUUCACUCCCUCCCGUCCCACCACUCCUGACUCCUCCGAUAGCGAAGCCGUCGCGACCUCCUCCCGAAUCGCCCAGUCCACGCCACGAGCUGCGCCAAAAGUGCCCACAUACGAGUACUAUGGCUUCGUACUAUACCUCGUAUCCAGUCUCGCGUUCCUAAUCUACAUAAUCUGGUCCUUCUCUCCAUCGCCGUUACUGCAUGCCGUAGGAAUAUACUACUAUCCGGGCAGAUGGUGGGCACUCGCUCUACCAAGUUUCCUGGUCAUGCUUGUAGUCUACAUCUACGUUGCCCUGGCAGCCUACAACACCGGCUACCUAACCCGGGGACUAGACCACUUGGAAUGCAUAGUCGACGACGCCGCAAAGAUCGCCAACGUGGAUUUUGGCGGCGGGGGCGAAGCCCCGGAGGACGAGAGUGCGGGCAAUAGCGGUGUGAGUGUCAGCAUCGGCAGCAGCGAGAAUGACGGGCAGAGAGAUUGGAAAGCUCUGUGGAAUAGGGGCACGGAUGCAGUUAUGGAUAUCCCCGUUGGAGGCGUGUGCGAGGUGCUGUAUGGAGAUGGACGGGAGAGGGAGCAGUGGGAGAUUAAGAUUGAUGAGCAGGAUUGGGGGAGCUUCGAGGUAGCGACUGAGGUUGAUGUGUUUUGAAGGGGUGGGAUUAUAUAAAAGUUUCUUUGGUCUUAAUGAUGGUUUGAGAGGUAGCGGUAGAGGGAGGGUGGGAGA